AUGGGUCGCCUAAAGUUGCAUUCUGGAAUAAAGGCCAUUGAGGAAGAGCCUGAGGACUUCGAGAGUACUGAUUCGAGCAAUACAACCACUUUAGCAUGCAUGAUUGAUACAGAAGUUGCUGCUGUUUUGGCGGUUAUGAGAAGAAAUGUAAGAUGGGAAGGUCGAUACAUGUCUGGUGAUGAUCAACUGGAACACUCGUUGAUUCAGUCACUUAAAGCUCUUAGAAAACAGUUGUUCUCAUGGAGCCAGCCUUGGCAUACGAUAAGUCCUAUGUUGUAUCUUCAGCCCUUUCUAGACGUGAUACAGUCAGAUGAAACUGGAGCACCGAUAACCAGCAUUGCGUUGUCGUCAGUUUACAAGAUCCUAAGUCUGAAUGUAAUUGAUCAAAAUACUGCAAAUAUUGAAGACGCCAUGCACUUGGUAGUUGUUUCUGUGACAAGCUGCCGAUUUGAGGUGACAGAUCCUGCAUCAGAAGAGGUUGUGCUGAUGAAGAUACUUCAGGUCCUUCUGGCAUGCAUGAGAAAUAAAGCAUCAGUUAUGCUAAGCAACCAGCAUGUAUGCACUGUCGUCAACACUUGUUUUCGUGUUGUUCACCAAGCAGGAAUGAAAGGCGAGUUGCUGCAACGUGUGGCUCGCCACACGAUGCACGAACUAGUGAGGUGUAUCUUCUCACAUCUCCCAGAUGUUGACAGAACAGAAAAUACACUUGUCAACCGAGCUGGAAACAUUGAUCAAGAGAAAGCUGGAGAUGACGGUGAAUAUGCCAUUGUGAGUAAACCAGUCGAGGAUGGAAAUGCUAAUUCCGUGUAUGAUACUGAGAAUUCUGUGGCAACUUUUGCACCUGGUGGUCAGAGUUUGAUGGAUGAUGGACCAGUUGGGCCUGGAAGUAGAAAGCCGGCUUCUCCAUAUGAUUUGCAUAUAAUGACAGAGCCAUACGGAGUUCCAAGUAUGGUGGAAAUAUUUCACUUUUUAUCCUCUUUGUUAAAUGUGGUUGAACAUGCUGGGAUGGGCCCCCGAUCAAACACCAUAGCAUUUGACGAAGAUUUGCCUCUGUUUGCGUUGAACUUGAUCAACUCAGCCAUUGAACUGGGUGGAUCGUCCAUCCGCCAUCAUCCAAGAUUGUUAAGCCUAAUUCAAGAUGAGUUAUUUCGUAACUUGAUGCAGUUCGGCUUGUCGAUGAGCCCCCUUAUUCUUUCGAUGGUUUGCAGCAUCGUGCUCAAUUUGUAUCAACAUCUACGUACUGAACUCAAACUGCAGCUUGAGGCGUUCUUCUCCUGUGUGAUUCUGAGGCUUGCGCAAGGAAAAUAUGGGCCCUCGUAUCAGCAGCAAGAGGUUGCCAUGGAGGCUCUUGUGAACUUCUGUAGGCAGAAGAAUUUUAUGGUGGAGAUGUAUGCCAAUCUCGAUUGUGAUAUAACUUGCAGCAACGUGUUUGAGGAGCUAUCCAAUCUUCUAUCGAAGAGCACAUUUCCUGUGAACUGUCCUUUGUCCGCAAUGCACAUUCUUGCUCUGGAUGGCCUAAUUGCUGUUAUUCAAGGAAUGGCUGAGAGGAUAAGUAAUGGAUUGACUGGUUUGGACUUAGGUCCUGUCCAUCUUGAUGAGUACACACCUUUCUGGAUGGUUAAGUGUGAUAAUUACAGUGAUCCAAAUCACUGGGUUUCAUUUGUUCGCAGGAGAAAAUAUAUCAAGAGAAGGUUAAUGAUUGGUGCGGAUCAUUUUAACAGGGAUCCAAAGAAAGGGUUAGAGUUUCUGCAAGGCACACAUCUUUUGCCAGACAAACUUGAUCCCCAAAGUGUAGCUUGCUUUUUCAGAUAUACUGCUGGACUUGAUAAGAACCUUGUUGGGGACUUUCUUGGGAAUCAUGAUGAAUUCUGUGUUCAGGUUCUCAAUGAGUUUGCCGGGACUUUCGAUUUCCAGUACAUGAAUCUGGAUACUGCACUCCGACUCUUCUUGGAAACUUUCAGGUUGCCUGGAGAAUCACAGAAAAUACAGAGAGUGCUUGAGGCGUUCUCUGAGAGAUACUAUAUGCAGUCUCCUGAGAUUCUCGCUAACAAGGAUGCUGCUCUUGUGCUAUCAUACUCUAUUAUCAUGCUCAACACUGAUCAACACAACGUUCAAGUAAAGAAAAAGAUGACAGAAGAGGAUUUUAUUCGCAAUAAUAGGCAUAUCAAUGGAGGAAAUGAUUUGCCUCGAGAAUUUUUGUCUGAACUUUAUCACUCCAUCUGCAACAAUGAGAUCCGGACUACUCCAGAACAAGGUUCAGGCUUUCCUGAAAUGACUCCCAGCCGCUGGAUUGAUUUGAUGCAUAAAUCUAAGAAAACCGCUCCGUAUAUUAUGGCUGAUUCAAGGGCUUAUCUUGACCACGAUAUGUUUGCUAUCAUGUCUGGUCCAACUAUUGCUGCCAUAUCAGUCGUUUUUGACCAUGCAGAACAUGAAGAUGUUUACCAGACAUGCAUCGAUGGAUUCUUGGCUAUUGCUAAAAUUUCCGCUUGUCAUCAUCUUGAAGAUGUGCUUGAUGAUCUGGUUGUCUCUCUCUGCAAGUUCACAACUCUGUUGAAUCCGUCAUCUGUUGAUGAACCGGUUCUUGCAUUUGGUGAUGAUGCAAAAGCAAGGAUGGCAACUAUCACUAUUUUUACCAUUGCAAACAAAUAUGGAGAUUAUAUCCGUACGGGUUGGAGGAACAUAUUGGACUGCAUCUUACGGCUGCAUAAACUUGGACUUCUGCCAGCUCGUGUGGCAAGUGAUGCAGCUGAGGAAUCUGAACUUUCAUCUGAGCAAGGACAAGGGAAGCCUCUCGCGAAUUCGCUAUCUUCAGCUCAUCUGCAGUCAAUCGGAACCCCAAGGAGAUCUUCCGGAUUGAUGGGAAGGUUUAGUCAGCUCCUUUCUCUUGAUACAGAAGAGCCAAGAUCACAGCCUACUGAGCAACAGCUUGCGGCUCAUCAACGAACACUUCAGACAAUUCAGAAAUGUCACAUUGACAGCAUAUUUACUGAAAGCAAGUUUCUACAAGCUGAAUCUCUGCUCCAGCUUGCGCGUGCUCUCAUUUGGGCUGCAGGUAGGCCUCAAAAAGGAAACAGUUCUCCGGAGGAUGAAGACACUGCAGUUUUCUGCCUGGAAUUGCUUAUUGCAAUCACUCUUAACAACAGAGACAGGAUCGUUCUCCUAUGGCAAGGCGUCUAUGAACACAUAGCUACUAUUGCUCAGUCAACGGUGAUGCCCUGCAACUUAGUGGAGAAAGCUAUCUUUGGUUUACUUCGGAUCUGCCAGAGACUUCUUCCUUAUAAAGAAAGCCUAGCUGAUGAGCUUUUGAGAUCUCUCCAGCUUGUGCUGAAACUGGAUGCACGUGUUGCCGAUGCUUAUUGUGAGAACAUUGCUCUUGAAGUCAGCCGUCUUGUGAAAGCUAAUGCUAAUCACAUCAGGUCUCAGGCCGGGUGGAGAACAAUCACAUCGUUACUCUCGGUUACAGCUCGGCACCCUGAAGCUUCUGAAGCAGGAUUCAACGCCAUAUCCUUUGUGAUGUCAGAAGGAAGUCACCUGUUUCCAGCCAAUUACGUCCUCUGUGUUGAUGCUGCAAGACAGUUUGCUGAGUCCCGCGUGGGACAAUCCGAACGCUCUAUCCGUGCCGUCGAUCUAAUGGGAGAUUCGUUGGAAUAUCUGGCUAAAUGGGCACGCUCAGCGAAGGAGAACAUGGGAGAAGAAGAAUUUGGGAAGAAGUCACAAGACAUUGGAGAAAUGUGGUUAAGGCUUGUUCAAGGACUAAGAAAAGUGUGUUUAGACCAGAGAGAGGAUGUGCGAAACCACGCGUUGCAGUCAUUACAAAAGUGUUUGGGCGGAGUAAACGGGAUCAAUCUAGCUCACAGCAUGUGGUCUCAAUGCUUCGACAAAGUGAUCUUCACGGUUUUAGACGACUUGCUCGAGAUUGCUUCAGGGUCACAGAAAGACUAUAGAAACAUGGAAGGCACAUUGCUUCUCGCGAUCAAACUUCUCUCGAAAGUGUUUCUUCAGCUGCUCCAAGAGCUGUCUCAGUUAUCAACCUUCUGCAAGCUGUGGCUCGGCGUUCUAACGCGAAUGGAGAAGUACAUGAAAGUGAAAGUAAGGGGGAAGAAGAGCGACAAGCUGCAAGAAUCGGUGCCUGAGCUUCUCAAGAACAUAUUGCUUGUGAUGAAGACGAAAGGCGUGCUUUUGCAGAGAAGUGCACUUGGUGGAGAUAGCUUGUGGGAAUUAACAUGGCUUCAUGUUAAUAACAUUGCUCCUUCUAUGCGGCUCGAGCUAUUCCCUGAUCAAGAUAACACACAGAUUGGUGAUGAUGAAACCCCUUCGAAUGGCUUGUCCUCUCCUGAAACUGGAGCAAACACGACUGGUUAG